AUGCCAGUGUCCAUGCAACACUCGGUAAACCUCCUGCCACGGCUAUACGGAGACAAGCCAUUUUACAAGAACAUGGACAAGUACAUCGCCGCACAGAUUUCUUGCCUGUGGGACUACCACGUCAAGCACGACCUCGCCCAGGUCUCGCAGAACGCGUCGCAACAUCUCACCGAGUGGGCUGGGGAGCGAAUUAUUGAGCGCGCGACAAAUAAAGACCCGGAGGCUAUCAUCGACAUGGCGAUCAGAUACCUGGGCGGGUGCGGCACGAUGCGACAGAGCGCCGAAGGCGCGCUCUACGUCCUCGACUCGCUCCUAGAUCCCAACUGCGACCGCGACCGCUACAUGGGCUACCUCGCGCCCCCCGCCAUUCUCGCCCAGGCGCACUCCUGCGCCGCGAACGCCCACUUCAUCAAACUCACGGCAUCCGCCGUCCAGGUCGCCGACAUGCUCGUCGACGAGCGCCGCUUCCAGCGCCCACAGACGGCGCAGGCCAACAGCGGCGACCCCGCGCUCGCGUAUCUCAUCCUCGCCGUGCAGCACGCAAACGAGAGCGCGAGGCUCGGCCUCGUCUCGCCCAUCGUCCUCAAGGUCGGGCUGACGGCGCGCGAGACGGGCGCUAAUCUCGGCGUCGACAUGGCGCAGAUGGGGCGGUCGCGUUAUAUGCGCCAUCUGUGGCGCGCAGUCACUGCGAGGCUGGAGGAGAUAUACGACGAGGAGCGGAAGAAGCAGAAGAAGGUGGAGGACAACCCGGACGGCUACGCAUGUGCUGCGGAGGGAUGUGGGAUACGCUCGGAAGAGCGCGCGGCGCUGAGGGCGUGUGCGGGGAGAUGCCCACGGGACCUGAAGCCCCACUAUUGCAGUAAGGAAUGCCAGACGAAGGAUUGGUCGAGACAUAAGGCGGUGUGCAAAGCCGGCUCCGCCGGCAAGGCGCCUAUCAUCACGGAUAAGGCGAAUGCACUCACGUUUUUCCAACUUGUCGAAGAGGAGGAUGAGGAGAACAACGUUGAUGCUAUGGCGGAAUGCGUAGACAAGGUCGACGCGGCUUCCGCCUCCAAAACAGACACUGUGGCUCGGACAUAUCCCGAUGCUCCGCCAGGCCUGACGCGCAUCAUCGACAUUCCUGGCCCGAACGCUCCAUGGGAGUCAAUUCAGAUCAGCUCUAACACGCUGGAGCCGGAGGCCAUGAAGGCGUUGCGUGAGAACAUCUCUAAAUUGACCGCGAAUGACGCGGCGUCAUGA